AUUCUUGGGAAGUAUUACAACGGGUAAUAAGAGCGAGAGAUUACGCCAAAGUUGAUAAUCGAUAUCGACUCCAGUAUGUAAUGAAUCAUUAACCUGCAAAACUGUCUACAGCGUUAAAACAACUACAUGCUACUCUCGGCAUUCCUGAAUGUAAUACUUUAAGAUGCUCCGCCGUAGUCGGUAUGGGCUGCUGUUAUCGGCUCGACGUUUUCGGAACGAUGGGAAUGUAAUUAGGACUAAUGGCUCGCGGAUAAAUGCCCGGUCACAUGCGCCCGUGGAUGGUCGCUCUUCCACGCGCGAGGCGGCUCGUCCCUAUUUUUGUUCAGCCCAUCGGCCGGCGGCGCGAGCCCCGCGAUCCGGCUUCCGCGCCGCCGACCGCAUCGCGUCUAACCGGCGCUGGCCGCCGCACUGGCUCAUUGUCUGGCGGUGGUUCGUCCUUUGAGGCACAGCAGAGUCCGGUUAAAGAACUUGUUCUAGACAACUGUCGUUCAAAUGAGGGUAAAAUCGAGGGCCUUACGGAUGAAUUUGAAGAACUGGAAUUCUUAAGUACAAUCAAUGUAGGCCUAACGUCAGUUGCCAAUCUGCCUAGGUUAAACAAGCUUAAGAAGCUUGAACUCAGUGAUAACAGAAUCUCAGGUGGGCUUGAAGUGUUGGCAGAGAAAUGUCCAAAUCUCACACAUCUCAACCUCAGCGGCAACAAAAUCAAAGACCUCAGCACAAUAGAACCUCUGAAAAAGCUGGAAGGUCUAAAAAGUUUAGACUUGUUCAACUGUGAGGUGACAAACCUGAAUGACUACAGAGAAAAUGUGUUCAAGCUUCUCCCUCAGCUGACGUACCUGGACGGUUAUGAUAAAGAAGAUAAAGAGGCACCAGACUCUGACACAGAGGCAUACGCUGAGGGUCUGGAUGACGACGAUGAUGAUGAGGAGGAGGAGGAUGAGGUGGAGGAUGAUGAGUAUGAUGAAGACGUUGCUCCUGGAGAGGAGGAUGAAGAGGAGUGUGAAGAAGAAGAUGAUGAUGAAGAAGUGGAGGAAGAGGAUGACGUUAGUGGAGAAGAGGAAGAGGAGUUAAAUGAUGGUGAGGAAGAAGGUGAUUAUGAGGAGGAGAGGGGUCAGAAAAGGAAAAGAGAAGCGGAUGAGGAAGGGGAAGAUGAGGAUUAAUCUUGCCCCUUUUUGGCUUAUUCUGAUCUGACUGUUUUAAACCUGUAUUUCCCUCAUGUUUGUCCUGAUGUCACAUUGUAUCGGGAAUAGGAGGUGUUGACUAGGUUUGGUGUGGGAGAGAAUGGACACACUUCCCCCCCCCCCUCCUUCUUUUGCUGUUCAACUUUUGUUUAAACUGCAGAAAAAAUUUAGUAACUAUCUAAAGAGACAGUAAUGAAAUGAUUGCAAGCUGCCCUUACUGUCUGCCUAGUUGUGUACACAGGUUGCUGAAUUGUUUAAAGAAAUGAAGAUACCAAAAACCUUUUAGAGAGCAUGUGUGACUUUUUUUUUUUUUUUUAAUGUUGACUACUGGUUUUGAGGAAUUGCUUAUAUACAGACCUACCUUUUGCCCCCUUAUUGUACAAUGUGCUUAUGUGAUCAGUAUGUUUGUGUGUGUGCGUGCACGCGUGCGUGUGUGGUGUUAGGGCAUGGAGAAGAAUGCAUCAUUCUGUCAGUUUGAACAUGCACAUAAUGUCUCAAUGUGAUUACUUUCUGUAUGUUCUGUAUCAAAUGUCUGCCAUCAUCAGAAUGCAGAUCAUUUUUUCCUCCUUCUUGGAUAGUUCGGACAUUACGUGUUCUUUGUAAAUAGUGACCAAAUCUCUUAUACCUUUUUUGAUAAUGGCAGACAUUCUCAUGAUUAGUUUGUUGUACCAAAUUAAUUGUAAUGAAAAAUAAAAGUUGAAAAUGCUGGUGUUGUGUAUACCACAGUAUACAAUACAGAAUGACAUGCAGAGAGAGCACCGUGUUCUGCUGUAUUGGUUUUCCCAUUACAACUAGGAUUGUUCACGAAUAUUAGAGAAAUAUUCCGUUUUCGGGCUUGUGUAGGGACUACACAUAUUCCUUAAGUAAUUAAUCAACUUAAUUUUGCCUUUGUACAAAUUACAUAAAGUCAACCCCUUAGUUCUGUCAUGUCACCCAGUUUUAAUAAAUAUUUUAAUAUGA